CCGCCUCCCGGGGCUGGAGCUAGAGGGUCCUCCGCGGCGUCUUUAAGGCUGCGGUCCCCGCCCCUCCCUCUUUCCCGCCCUCCCCCGCCCGUCCUCCUCCCUGUCGCCUCGGCUCCUCCCGACCUCCCCUGGAGCCGGGCUGCCGGGCGUGCGCGGCGCGCGGAGCAGGUGCGGGCGAGCCCCUCGCAUGCCGCUGCCCGGCCGGAGGUGGUAGCGGCGCCGGGCGCGCUCCGCCCGCCCCUCCUCCGGGCAGCACUCGGGCUCUGGCGCGCGCGGGGACAUGUCGGUGGCGACGGGCAGCAGCGAGGCGGCCGGUGGGGCCGGCGGCGGCGGCGGCGCGCGGGUUUUCUUCCAGAGUCCCCGGGGCGGCGCCGGCGGCAGCCCGGGCUCGAGCAGUGGCUCAGGCUCCUCCCGGGAGGACUCGGCGCCGGUGGCCACGGCGACCGCGGCGGGGCAGGUUCAGCAGCAGCAGCAGCAGCGACGCCACCAGCAGGGAAAAGUGACAGUGAAAUACGAUCGCAAGGAGCUUCGGAAGCGGCUCGUGCUGGAGGAGUGGAUCGUGGAGCAGCUGGGUCAGCUGUAUGGCUGCGAGGAAGAAGAAAUGCCAGAAGUAGAAAUUGACAUUGAUGAUCUUCUUGAUGCUGACAGUGAAGAAGAGAGAGCUUUAAAGUUACGGGAAGCUCUUGUAGACUGCUACAAACCAACAGAGGAAUUUAUCCAGGAGCUGCUCUCUCGGAUAAGAGGCAUGAGGAAGCUGAGCCCUCCACAGAAGAAGACCGUGUAAUUCUGGCACAGGGUGCAACUCUCCCAGAGACGAAGAAGAGUCCUGGGAUUUGGGCUUCAUUAAGACAUUUAUUAAAGCAUAGUUGCCCUUAUGAGAAAAUUUUUUUUGGGGGGGGGUCUCUAUUAGACAUUUAUUCAAGAGUGUUCCUUUUUUGUUUGGGGAGGUUUUGUUAGUGUACUAUUUUAAUAGCAAGACCAGCAGGUCUUUGGUUUCAGCACAACCAAGGAUUAUCAAACCAGGCAGACAAGCAGGAAUGGGUUGAUCCCAGCAGCAUAUUCUUUGAGAAAUCGCAGGUUUAGAACCUAACUAUACAGGGAUGAUGGUUUUCUCACGACUCGUUUGGUAAUACUUUUUCUUAAGUUGUACAGUUGUCUCAGAUGUCAAAUUUCUCGUACUUGUAUAUAUCUACACGCGACUAAGUUAAAAUGUAGACGUGGGUUUUAUUUCACAUUGAUGGGAUACACUUGUGGUUGUCCUUUAAUUGGAGGUCACAGCACAUGGGUUUUCAAGAAGCCACUAGCUAUUCUUCAUGUGACUUCAGCUGACCCUCCAGCAUUCACUUUCUGCACCAAAGUGAAAGAAUUCAGCGUAUCCAUUAUUUUAAUGAGCUACGCCACAAAAAGUUGAGUUGGUCAAGGGCUUAAUUCAUGGACUUCAUAUUAUUUCAUUCAUUGAGAUGCUUUGCCAGGUCAUGUACUUCUUGCCUCGUUCGUGGUAUUUUAAAAUUUUAUGAACCCUUCAUUUGAAGAACUACUCAGAUUUCUAGAGAAAUGCCCACGGCAAGGGGUGUCUCGCAGUGGAAAAAGGGAGCACUGUGUAGCAAUUAACUCUCUGCUUUCAACCAAAUACUGUGUAUUCUUCUCUGUCCAUGAAAGCAGGUCAUAAGGAAGUUAGCAAAUCACCUAUUUUCCUCCUUAGAAAUAGCUCUGGUCAAUUCCAUGCCUGGGUAGCGUUAGACCAGAGCAGGUCAACGGAGGGUUGAACAUGGUAAGAGGUGAGAAAGCCUCCCCUGCUUUCAAGAAAGUUGAUAUAGGAGCAUUGGCUGCUUUGGAAGGGUGGUGGAGAUUGCAUUUCUGGUUCCUCUCAAUGACAUGUGCUGAGGAUUCUGGCUCCUGGCCCCAGUUAUGCACCCUGGCCUCCUUGCUUGGAGCUAGGCUUAGGGCCCCUGCCUCCCAGUAUUGAUCAGUUCCUUGGAGAAGGAUCAAAAUUCAGAUGGAUGUGGGCUGGGUAAAAGGUCAGAGUAGAAACUCUCCCUUUCCCCCCGGAGGCCCCCACCGCCUCCCCACAGAAACCCCACCUACUAUAAGGCAUCUCUAGGCGGCCCUGUCAGAGGACAGGAGUCAGACAUUUUAUAACAAGGGUGCUCUGAACAUAUUUUAUUUUUUAAAAGAACUAUGUUUGUGAAUUUUAUGUAUACUGGCAAGCUUUGGAAAAUGUAUUUAAUUUUGUAAUGUUUACCAAUGAUUUAUUUACAAGCUAUUUACUCAAAUAAAUGGAGCUGCUUACAAA